AUGGAAAAUAAUAUUUUUGCACAAAAUAUUUAUUUUAAAGGAUUUAAUGAUAGAAAAAUAAAUUAUUUAAAAGUUAGUGAAAAUAAAAAUUUAGAAAAUUGUGAUUUUAAUAUAAAUAUUCCAUCUAUUACACCAACGAAAAACAUGAAGGAUGAAAAUGAUUUAAGUAAAUUAAAUGUAGGAAACAUAAAUUCAAGUAUAAAUUUAAAUUAUCAAUCAUUGAAAAAUAUAAAUAAUGAAAAUGAUUAUGUAAAUAAAAUUACAAAUCCUUUAAAUUUUAAUCCAGUUCAUAAUAAUGUAUACCCAAAUAACAAUUUGUUAUAUAUUAAUAAUAAUUUAAAUAAUAAUAUAAGUAGUAAUUUAAACAGUUCGUAUAAUUUUAGCCAAAAUGGGCAAACUAAUGAAAUAAAUGAAAGUAACUUAAAUAAAAAUAUUUAUAAUGAUAUGAAAAAUUUAGACAAAGUAGAUCUGAAUAAUUUAAAUGUAAAUUCAUUUAGCAACAGUAGAAAUAUAAAUAUGAAAAAUAAUGAUUUUUUAAAUACAACUGUAAAUAAUGAAAAUCUACUUAUAACUAAUUCACAACAAAAAUUAAAUUAUAUAAACAAAAAAGAGAAUAAUCAAAUUAAUAAUAAUCAAAUUAAUAAUAAUAAUGAAAACUCCUUGAAGCAGUAUAAUGUUAAUUUGAAUUCUAACAACUUAUCAUCACUAAAUAAGAAUAUAAAUGUAUACGAAAAUAAAAAAGUUGAAAAUAAUAUAAAUGAAACUAUUUAUAAUAAUAUAUAUCAAAAUAAUCAAAGUAAUCAUAAUAUAAAUAAUACUAGGUUAAUUAAUAUAAAAAGUAAUUUAAGUAAUUUUAUGAAUAGUGGUAUUUUAAUGAAUAAAAAUAUGACAACACAAAAUAAAAAUAUUUCAUUAAAUAAUUAUGGUGAUAAUAUAAUGAAUUCUUUAGUUAACAAAUCUAAUGAUAAUAAGAAUUUAAAAUUGUUUGAUAGUAAUGUUAAGAAAAUAAAUGUGGAAACAAAUAAUUUAGUAAAUAAUAAUCUUAAUAAAAAUAUUUCUAUAAAUAAUUUUACUAAUGCAUUAAAUAAUCAUUUAAAUAAUAAAAAUUUUAAUCAAACAAAUAAUUUGACAACUAUGAGUAAUUUAACAACUUAUAAUAUUCCAUCAAUUAAUAAUUCUAACAGUAUAAGUACGACAAUAAAUAAUACAUUAAAUAGUAAUUUAAAUAAUAAAAUGAAUCUUACUAAUAUAAAUACUCAAAAUAACAGCAAUAUAAAUGCUUUUAAUAAAAAUAUGUUAUUGAAUUCAUCUAAUAUAAAUAAUAUAAUAAAUGAAAAAAUUAUAAAUCAAUUUACAACUUCUGGUAAUAAUAACAACUUAAGUAAUUUAAGUAAGGAAAUAAAUUUAACUAAUUUUUCAAAACCUAAUAAUAACCUUAUAAAUUUAAAUAAUAAUAAAAACAUUGGUGAUAGCUCAUAUAAAGUAAGAGAAGUUUUAAAUUAUGAUUAUAUAAAUGAUAAAGAUAAUAUGAAAAAUGUAAGUAAUAUAAAUGAAGGAAAUAAAAACAUAAUGGUUAAUGAAACUAGUUCAAAUAUGAAUAAUAUAAAUUUUUUAAACAGAAAUUUAAAUUUGCUAAAUCAAAACAUAAAUAAUAAUAAUAAUAACUCUAUGAUUAACAUUGGUAACAAUUUUAAUAAUAAUAAUAAUAAUAUAAGUAAUUUAAAUAAUUUGAAUAAUUUAAAUUAUAUGAAUAAUAUUACAAAUUUAAACAAUUACAAUGGUACAAAUGUUUUAAAAAAUGACAAGGAAUUAAAGGGAAAUGAAACUAAUAUUGAUUUAAAUAAAGAUAUUACAAUAAAUAAAAACAAUAUAGCAGAUGGAAUUAUAAGUAAUAAUAUUAAUCAUAGUAAUAUAAGCACUGAUAAUUAUGCAAAUAUUUUAAAACAAUUAUGCACACCUAUUAAAAGUAGAACAACAAAUAAAGUUGAAAGCUUAAAUGAAAACAUAAACUCAGAAGAAUUAAAUAGUGAUAAUAAAUUUUUAGGAAAUAAUAGAGAAAACAGUAAUUCUAAUAUAAAUGAAAAUAUAAUAACCAAUGAAAAUAUACAAAUAGACACAUAUAAUAAUACAACAUUUAAUAAUACAUUAGAUGAAAUGUCAUUAUUACAAAACAAUAGUGCAAAUAAUGUUGAAGUAGUUUAUAAUGAGUUUAAUAAUAAUGAUACUAAUAUAAAAUGUAAUACGAAUAAAGAAGGAAAUAAUAAUAUAUAUGAAUUGAAAAAAUUGAAUUUAUUUGCUGAAAAUAAAAAGAGAGAUAAACAAGUUACUAAUGAAAGUAAAUCAAAUAAAUUAAAAAAAUCUAAAACAAAAGUUUUUUUUUAUAUUAAUCCCAAAUAUAUUAUAGAACCACUAAAAAGAAAAAUAUAUCAAAAUAUGUCUAUUUACAUUGAAAAUUUAAUUAGUGAUAUAAAAUCAAUAGAAAAUAAAAAUAGAGCAGAAAUAUUAACAAAUUUGCAUAACACAUCAUGGUUUUGUAUGGUAUUUGAUUUUGAUGGGAUUAGCAAAUUGUUAAAUGUUUUUAAUAAAUAUUUAAUUUAUUCUGAUUCUUUAAUUAUUCCAGAUGUUCUGAUAUUAAAUAAACUUGAAUCAGAUAAUAAUAUGAUAAAAGAUAAUGAAAAUAAUGAUUCUUAUAUAAAAAGUAUGAAUUCUUUUUUUUCAAAAAGUGAUAAAUUAGAACUAUUGAAUAAAAAAAUAUACGAUUAUGAAAAUAAUAUAAUUGAAAAUGUAGAAAAAUUAAAUUAUUUAAAAGAAUUAUGCAAUUCUUUAAAAGAACAAGUUGGUAUUAAAAAAAAAAAAUUCUUAUUAUUACUAGAAAAAGCAAAACUAAAAAAUUUUACAUAUAAAAAUAAGCAUUUGCAAACUAUACUUGAUAUAGAUAAAAAAACAAAAAUAGAUGAAAACAUAAAUUUAAAUAACGAAUAUUAUAAAAUAUUUAAAAAAAUAAAUGAAGGAUUAAAUGUCUUAAAAAAAUAUUCUAAUAUUAUUAUUUCAAAUCAAACAUUGCACAAUGAAAUUAUUAAUAAUGAUGAAAAUCUCAAAAUUUCUGAAUCAACUAUAUCAACUGAUGAUUUAAGUUGUGAUCAUAAUUUUAAUGAAGAAGAUGAUAUUAGUAAUAUGCAUUUAUCACCAAAUAAUAAACAUAAAAGAAAAAAUUUCAAUAGUCAGGAACCCUUUCUAAAAGCUGAUAACUCACUAGAAGAAUUAAAUAAAAAUAAUGAUGAAAUAAAUAAAAAAAGAAAAACAAUAAAACAAAUUAAAAAUUUGCAAUGGCAAAAAGAAGAUAAUGAAGAAUGGGUAGAUGAAUUUUUAGAUGAUUUUUAA